AUGCAGAUCAGCAACAACCAUCAACUCCUCCUCCGUCGCUGCUCCCCUGACCUCCCAUGUCCCAUCCGUCCGUGUCUCUGCAGGUCGUGCUCCGUUAUCCCCAGCGGGACGCCGGCCGAGAGGCUCACCGGCGACCUCGUCGUGGAGAUCCUCUCGCGCGUCUCCGCCAAGGUGGUCUGCCGCUCCAAGUGCGUUUCCAAGCACUGGCUCGGCCUCAUCAACCACCCGGACCACCGCAAAAGGCUCCCGCAAACCCUGGCCGGCUUCUUCUACGGCAGCAACACCACCGGGCAUCUGCCCUUCCACUUCACCAGCGUCUCGGGGGACCGCCGCCCUCCGUUCGGCACCUCCUUCACCUUCCUGCCCAACCACCACCUGCCCGUCAAUCUGCUCGACUCCUGCAACGGCCUCCUACUCUGCCGAUGUUACCACGUCUCCGGCGGGGUUGGCGCGUUCCAUUAUGUCGUGUGCAAUCCCGCCACCGAGAAGUGGGUCGUCUUGCCCAACUCCGGCAAGGCCACUGACAAUGUGGCCACCACAUGUUUGGGCUUCGACCCGGCCCUAUCGUCGCAUUUCCAUGUGUUUGAGCUGGUAGUUGAGCACAAUUAUAGUGCGAGCACCGAGCUUUCCGGAGUGGCAGUGUAUUCGUCGGAAACCGGAGAGUGGGUUUAUAAGGAGGAGAGAUGGAUUGGAGAAGCUACCUGGCUUGCUGGUCGGCAUUCCUCCACAGCGGUCUUUCAUGAUGGCCUUCUGUUUUUUAGUGCCUUUGACCCCGACUUGUACGAUUGUGUAGCCAUGGUGGACACAAAGGGAGAAACAUGGAUGAAAUUCAGGGUCCCUAGUGGUCAGGCUGAUGAUGGUUUUAUCCAUCUGUCACAGGGCCGCUUACACUUUGCCAAUUUCGAGAGGGAUAAUGAUGGUGUUGUCAUUCGAUUUGUAGUUUAUGUUCUGGAGAACUAUCAAACCGGAGAAUGGAUAUUGAAGCAUGGCAUUGAAACUUCAAACAUGUUUGAAUGGACAGAUUUAUGUCCUGAUGGGGGUUUUGAUUUUAUUGCAAUUCAUCUGGAAUGCAACUUGGUGUUCUUUGCUGCGGAUGGUAUUAUAUUGGUGUGCUAUAAUAUGGAUAAUCGGCGAGUCAAAGUGAUUUCCUAUCUUGCAGAUGUCAAGCCCCUAUCUUUUCUGCCUUAUGUGCCGUUGUACACGGAGUCACGAUCAUUGCACAUUUGA